AUGGACCCACAAAAGUUCAUUGAUGAAGUGUUAAAAGUUCUUGGUUCUAUGGGUGUUUCUUCUCAAGAAAAGAUGGAACUAGCUGCCUACCAACUCAAAGAUGUGGCUCAGGUUAGGUAUGAGCAAGAGAAUGAUGAGAGGUUGAGUAUAGCUGGACAAAUUACUUGGGGAGCUUUCAAGACGACUUCCCUUGAUAGGUUAUUUCCCUUGGAAUUAAGGGAGAGAAACAUGGAAGAAUUCAUCAACCAUAUCCUAAGGGGUAUGAUCGUGAAGGAGUAUAGUCUCAAAUGCACUCAACUAUCAAAACAUGCUCCUACUAUGGUUGCGGAUUCUAGAGCUAAGAUGAACAAAUGUUUCAUAGGGAUAUUUUAUCUUGUGGUUAAUGAGUGUAGGUCGGAUAUGUUGAUUCCUAGCAUGGAAAUUUAUCGUCUCAUGCUUCAUGCCGAACAAAUUGAGGAGCAAAAGCUUAAGAAAGUUGGUAGAGAGUUGAAAAAGGUGAGAAUCAAAGAGGGGAAAGGUGGUAGAUUUUAUGUUGAUAAGCCUCUUUGUGCAAACUAUGACAAGAGACGUGAUUGUAAGUUCCUAAUUGUCAUGUGUAAUUGCUAUGGAUAUGGAAAGAGUGGUCACAUCAAGAGAUAUUGA